AUGGCCUACAACAAGGGCUACAACCCCGACGCGCUGCCCGCCCACGCCGAGCCCGAGCAGGCCGCUCAGCUCCUAUCCCAAUCCCAACAGGCCGCCCGCCCACCACGCACAUCCUCCCGCCCAGACACCUACGCCUCCAAGCCCGCCGCCGCCCCGGCCUCCUCCCUCCGUCCGCGCGACGACGACCGCUAUGCCCGCCCCAACGCCGCAUACAGCAGCUCUAGUGGAGGAGGCGGACAAGCAGGCGGAGGCGGCGGUGCCUCCUACCGCGACGAGCGCGACCGCUACGCCGACCGCCCAGCACCGCUCUCCUACAUAAACGACUCGCGACGGCGCGAGUCCAGCUCCCCCCGCUACGCCGGCUACGGCAGCCCCCCUCCGCCCGCCGACUACGGCCACGGCCCCCCGCCCGCCUCCUACCACGGCCGGCCACCCCUCACAGCCUCGUCGCGCCCUCCACCCACGCCGGCGCCCCCGCGCGACAGCAACGACCGCGACGCGCUGUGGCGCAUCUUCAACGCCGUGGACAAAGACGGCAGCGGCCAGCUCACCGAGGACGAGCUCGGCCGCGCGCUCGUCAACGGCGACUGGUCCCCCUUCGACACGCACACCGUGCGCAUGAUGAUCCGCAUGUUCGACACGGACCGGAGCGGGACGAUCAACUUCGACGAGUUCUGCGGGCUGUGGGCGUUUUUGGCCGCCUGGCGUGCGCUGUUCGACCGCUUCGACCUCGACCGCAGCGGGAACAUAAGCUUGCCGGAGUUCAGCGAGGCGUUGGUUGCGUUUGGGUACCGGCUGAGUGGGCAGUUUGUGGGGCUGUUGUUUCGGACGUAUGAUCGGGGGAGAGGAGCCAUUGGGUUUGAUUUGUUUGUGCAGGCGUGUAUUUCGUUGAAGAGGAUGACAGAUGUGUUUAAGAGGUAUGACGAGGAUCGGGAUGGGUAUAUCACGUUGAGUUUCGAAGAAUUCCUCACAGGUGCGCAGCAGCUCUUCCUCUUCAACAGCAUCUCCGCCGUCACUGAUACCGGCCUCUACUAG